UGGGACAAGACUGUGCAUAUGGGGAAACACUACGGUUUUGUACGUUUUCACCGUAGUUGCACAGUCUGCUGUGGGAUGGUUUUUAGCUCCUGCUCUCAUCCUACCUUUACUGUUAACGAGAGUGGUAAGAGUUUGGAAUGCUUACAUUUUCUCGGCAUUGAUCUUUACAUGCUUCCUCAUUUAGCCCUUGUAGUGUAGAGAGUUAUUAAUAUUGUUUCACAGCCAAAGAAGUAAAGGCUUAGGUUAAACAACUGGCCUCAGGUCACACAGUGAGUAGGUGGUGGAGCCACAGUUUGAACUCAAGCAUUUGGACUUCAGAGCCCUGGGCGUAAUCCACUUUUCUAUAUUGAUUAUUCACCUGUUCCUUAGGCUCCCGUACACUUCACUUCAUUGUUAUCUACUAUUUUAUGGGGAAAAUUGAAGGCAUCAGAUGUGCUUUUCCUCAAAUUUCUGCCUCCUUCCCUUUAACGAAGCCGUCUGGGUUUACACCCACCUUUACCUUAAGAUAAGCUAUAUCCUCUGAUCAAAGCAAGUCUUCAUCUGUGUUUCUGACCUUUGUUUUAUACUCUCACCUAUGAGACUUUGUUUUCAUUUGUCUUUUCUGCCCCUGUCCCAGUCAUGUAUAAACAAGGUCAGAUUUCUCAGAUUUCUGGCCAUCCUUCACCCCCACUCCCACCUGUAAGCAAGAAAGAAAAGAGAAAGUUCUUUGUGAUCAUCUUCCAUUAGCUGCCAUCCAGCAACUCUUCCCCUUCUUACCCAAGGUGUUUUAAAGCAUAUUCUAAAUUCUGUCUCCAUUUAUUCACCUCCCACUUCCUUCUGCAGUCUACCUUUUAGACCUGUUAUUCCCCUGAAAUUUUACUCUAAGGUAACCAGUGGUUACUUCUCAAACCAGAUAGACAUUUAAAAAUCGUUACUGGAUCCCUUUGCUGCUUUUGAAACUUGGAUGCCUCUCACUUCCUUCUCCUUUGUUUUCCAGGAUAAUGCACUCAGCUGAUUUGUUCAGUGAACAUUUAUUAUUAUUUAGAUGAAUAAGACAAAGUGCCUUUCCUUAAGGAGCUUAUAUUUUAGCUAUUUCUCCAGGUUCUUCUCACACCAGUCAUUUCUCCUGUGAUUAGAUUCUAUCCUCUCCUAAAAUGUUGGGUUUUUCCAAUGCUUGUGGCUUUGGCCCACUGUUAUUUUCAUUCUGUACACACUGCUCAGUGAGCAUAUCACCUGGCUUGGUUUUAACUCCCUACACGCUCUCAAAUAGGAAUUGUCAUCUAAGACCCCUUUUCUGAGUUCUACCUUCACCUCUGACUACCCUGCCAGAUGGCUCUGCCUGUAAGUCCAACAGGCAGUUUAAAUUCAGAGGCCCCAAACCGAACUCAGUAACUUCGUUGAACUUAUUCUGUCACAUUCAUCACUAAAUCCCGGUGAUUUCACUCCCUAAAUGUUUCUCAAAUCUGUGCUCUCUGCUUUGUCUCUACUAUUGUCCUACUUUAGGCUCAUCAUCUCUUACCUGGAACAUGGGUUUCUAACUGGUUUCCCUGUCUCUAGUUCUGUUCCCCACAUAAUUGUUCUCCAGACUACCUACCUCCUCCCCUAAAAGAUCUUUGAAAACAUCUGUGUCAGAGUCCUGCUUAAUAAUCUUUAAAGAGCUAUUCUUUCAUCUGAUCUUUUCUCUCAUUCAGUAAAUAUUUAUUGUUUACUGAAUUGCAAAAUCCAUUGGAACUUCUAAAAUUUGAGCUACUUAGCCACUCACCCAGGGCUCUGCUUCAUUUGGACCUUUUUACAUCUCCAGCCUCUUUCCUGCCUCAUACUUUAGAUUGCAGCAACAUCGAACUGCUUCUUCAUAUGCAUGGUGCUGUUUCUUUGUGUAUUUGCCUUUGCUGUUCCCUUUUAUUAGAAUCUUCUCCUUGAUUUCUUUCUUCACUUUCUGCUUUUUACCUAAUUAGGCUGCUCCCUCUUACCUAAUUAACCUGGGUUAUAUUCAAUAUAUAGGACUCAUUUUUAGGCCCGCCUCCUGUAGGAGAUUUUUCUUGACACCUCCUUUUUCCAGCUCUAGGUUGGGUACUCCACCUUUGUGCUCCCAUGAAACCCUUUUGAUGUCAAGUAUGUUGUGUUAUAUUUGUAUCAUACAAUACAAAUAAGAUGUAUUAUGUCUUUACUCCUAGCACCAGAAUGGCACAAGGAACAUACUGGGCAUGAAGUAACUAUUUUUAUCCUUACCUGAGGAUAUGUUCAUAGAUUUGAGAGAGAGAGGAAGGGAGAGAGAAGCAUUGAUCAGUUGCCUCCCAUAUACACCCUGACUGGGAAUCAAACCCACAGCCUAGAGUAAUGAUGCGGGUGUGCUGGUUGGUGAGACAGGACAACCGGCACCAGCGGAUCAAACUUCCACAUUUGGAAGCAGUCACCAUUGGGCGUAGCCCAGAGACUAAGAUCACCGAUAAGAAAUGUUCUCGACAGCAAGUACAGUUGAAAGCAGAGUGUAACAAAGGAUACGUCAGGGUAAAGCAGGUAGGGAUCAAUCCCACCAGCAUUGACUCAGUCAUAAUUGGGAAGGACCAAGAGGUGAAGCUGCAGCCUGGCCAGGUUCUCCACAUGGUGAAUGAACUUUAUCCAUAUAUUGUAGAGUUUGAGGAGGAGGCAAAGAGCCCUGGCCUGGAGACACACAGGAAGAGAAAGAGGUCAGGCAGCAGUGAUUCUGUAGAAAGGGAUGCUGCCCCGGAAGCUGAGCCCAGUACAGCACUGCAGCCUGGGAGUAACUCUAGCCAAUGCUUUGUGCCCCCAAACAAGGAAACAGAUGCAUCUACCAAAAAGGAGUCAUUGGGCCAUUGGAGUCAAGGCUUGAAGAUUUCUAUGCAGGACCCCAAAAUGCAGGUUUACAAAGAUGAGCAGGUGGUGGUGAUUAAGGAUAAAUACCCCAAGGCUCGUCACCACUGGCUGGUUUUACCGUGGGCCUCCAUUUCCAGUCUGAAGGCUGUGACCAGGGAACACCUUGAGCUCCUCAAACACAUGCAUGCUGUGGGGGAAAAGGUGAUUGCAGAUGUUGCUGGGUCCAGCAAACUCCGCUUUCGAUUGGGCUACCAUGCCAUUCCCAGCAUGAGCCAUGUCCACCUUCAUGUCAUCAGCCAGGAUUUUGAUUCACCUUGUCUUAAAAACAAAAAACAUUGGAAUUCUUUUAAUACAGAAUACUUCUUAGAAUCACAAGCUGUGAUUGCGAUGGUACAAGAGGCUGGCAGAGUGACUGUCCGAGAUGGGAUGCCUGAACUCUUGAAGCUGCCCCUGCGUUGUCAUGAGUGCCAGCAGCUGCUGCCUUCCAUUCCUCAGCUGAAAGAGCAUCUCAGGAAGCACUGGCCAGAGUGAUUCUGUGGAGCCUGAGCGUCUGCAGCAAGUAUGACUGAAUGUUUACAGCAAAUUCCUGGAACCUGUUCUGGACUGCUUGUGAACUUUUACUUAUUUCUUGAACUAAAAAAUACAGGCUUUUUUUUUUUUUUUUUUUUAACAAAGCUCAUACUAUUCCUGAGUGGCUACAAUGGGGAGUGACUCGAAAUGGUUCCGGAAUUUGGGUUUGUCAUGAAUGUGUUCUCUGGUUGGUGAGGGUGGUUGGGAUACACCUGAUCAUCUCUAUUACCCAUGUCAGCUCUGACUAAUAUGAGCAAAACUAUGUUCAAACUGACCUAAUGCAGGAAUGGAAGCAGAGGGUGAACUAUGUAUAUCUUCUCCUUAUAGUUAUCCUUCCUGCCUGGAGACAUUCAAUAACCUUUCCUCAGAGCAGCCAGAGGGGUCCCUUGUUUAUCCUGAAAGGCACCGUUUGGUUCUGUUCUCUGAUCGUGUGUAAUUUAAAAGUUUUUUUCAAUUAAAAAUUUUUUUCAAUUACAGUUUACAUUCAAUAUUACCUUAUAUUAGUUUCAGGUAUACAGUAUAAUGGUUAGAUAACCAUAUACUUUGCAAAGUGUUCCCCCUAGUAUUUUCAGUACCCAGUUGGCACCGUACAUAAUUAUUAUAAUAUUAUUGAUUAUAUUUUUUUCAAAGAUUUUAUGUAUUUAUUUUU